AUGUCUGUGAAGUUGGAUGGAUUUAUGCGUCCGUACCGAGGGCGAGGUGACGACCUAGAUGUAUUCUGGUCAAAGUUUAUGAUCCUGGCGAAAUCCCACAAGUGGGAUACGGGCAAAGAGCAGAUGGCAAACUUGCCGUUGCUCUUGGAUAAGGCUGCGUAUACUGUAUUCAACGCCAUGCCCGACUCGGACAAGGAGAAACCUGACGAGGUGAAGAAGGUGUUGACUGAAGCCUUUGCUCCUUCUGCUGCGGAGUGUUACCGCUUGUUCAAAGCGCGUUCCAUGGGAUCCACAGAGUCAGUAGACGAGUAUGCGGCGGAGCUAAAGAGGCUGUUGAAGAGCUCUGGUCACAACAUUGCGGACGACAAAGAUCCGAUGCUGUUAGAACAGUUUGUUGGGGGCUUGCCCAGAGACUUCGCCAGAGAGGUGAGAAUCCAGUGCUCUAGCGGUAGCAUGACUCUUACCGAUAUGAUCAAACGUGUCAGGGCUAUGUCCGUCGAUGAUACUAUAAGUGUCAGUGGAGGGAAGUCCGUGGCUGCAGCUGUCAGGUGCUAUUCAUGUAAGGAGCCUGGUCAUGUAAGAAGGAAUUGCCCUAAGGCCAAGGGCAACAGCCACACCACUGGCAAGUCACGAGGGCCACAGUGUUACUCUUGCAAAGAGUAUGGCCACAUCAGGCGAAAUUGUCCAAAGGCCAAGACUGAGUCUGCUUCAGUGGCUGUGAGUGCUGGGCAUUGUCAGGCUGGAGUGUCUACUGAUGCUGACGGAAUCCCAAUAUCAACUGGUGGGCAGAGCUCUAAGCUGCUGAAAGUUGAUGUGUGUGUUAAGGGCCAUGAUGACUCUUGGAUAUCAGUCGCAGCGGUUGUGGAUACUGGAUGCACGCGAUCUCUGAUGAAAGAGAGUGUAGUAACUGCCGUGGGCCUGGCUGAUCAGGUGGAAUCGACAACUGACUGGGUGGUCGGCAUCGACGGCACGUCCCUGGAGUCAGUUGGAUCUGUUGCUGCGACUGUCCAGCAACAUGAUGAUAUAGUUCAGCUUCCGGAACUGUGCGUGGACUUCCUGGUAGUUUCAAAGCAUGAGGGAGUGGAUGCUGACCUGAUUCUUGGCAAUGACGUUGCCAGCGCGGCUGGUGGUCUUGAGAUACGCUACCAGAAUGGCUCGGCGAGUGCUAUUCGGUUCGGAAAAGGGCCCGAUGUAGCGGCUGCCGCAGCUGGCCAUGCUGAACGAGCGCCGAAGCAGAAGCUCUCGAGGCACAUCUCUGUUGAGCGAGAUUCGGAUGGUGUCACCCUCAGUUCAGCCGACUUCAAGGUGCGCUGGGACAAUAGUGCAAAGUCGUGGACCGUCGCCUGGGUCUGGGGAGGUGGUGUAGAGCCGACUGAUAGCAUUGGCUCCGGAGUGACACAGUACUCACGGAAGAAGCUCUCUGCAGAGCAGGAGCAACAGUACCAGAAGGAGGUGCAGUCGUGGAUCGACCAUGGUUGGAUGGUGCCCCAUGAUCCAGAUCGACACGGCAAGUCAGGUGCGAUCCUCCCUCUAAUGGCUGUGUGUCAAGGACACAAGGCGUCUACGCCUGUACGUCCCUGCUUAGACUACCGUCGUUUGAAUGAGGCGAUUCUUUCCCAUCCUGGAGGCGACGCGCCUGCAUGCGACCAGAAGAUCAGGGAGUGGAGACGCCGUGGCGGUGACCAGGUAGUCGUCGAUAUCAAGAAGGCGUUUUUACAAGUUCACGUCGACCCCAGCCUCGUUCGGUAUCAGACCGUGGUAUUCAAUGGAGUCACGUAUGUCAUGGAACGAAUGGCAUUUGGUCUCAGCAUAGCUCCGAAAGUCAUGGACGCCAUCGUGAAGUUUGCGCUGUGCGACUUUCCUGAUGCAGACAACUAUGUCGACGAUGUCGUUGCUCCGUCCGAACAACUUCCGGAGGUGACUGCGGCGCUGAGUCGGUACGGAUUACCGACGAAGCCACCAGAGGUACUUGCCGGCGCAAGGGUGCUUGGCAUGCAACUAUCGGUUGCUACGUCGAGUGAAGACGUGAUGUGGCGUCGCCGUGAUGGCAUGGAUCUGACGUUGCCAGAGCAGCCGACGAAGCGAGAAGUGUUCUCCUGGUGCGGUCGAUUGACGAGUCAUUACCCUGUUGCAUCGUGGCUGCGACCGUGCUGUAGCUACAUCAAGCGAGUGAGCUGUGAAGAUGCUGCGGUUUGGGAUAAGCCUGUCUCAGCUGCGCUCGAGAAGUUGUGUCGUGCGGUGGAGGAUCAAGUUUCACGAGAGGAUCCCGUCAACGGCAAGUGGACAGUCAAGUCGACUGGUGGCGUGUCCCUAUGGUGCGAUGCAUCCAACCUGGCGCUAGGUGUUGUCAUCAGCGAAGAUGGCUCCGUGAUUGAGGAUCACUGUUGGCUCAGGCCUAAGUCAGACAAGCGGCACAUCAACGUUGCCGAGUUAGACGCCGUCCUUCGUGGCUUGUCUGCUGUCGUGGAUCACAGAGUGGCCAACGUUCGAGUCAUGACCGAUUCGAAGACGGUGCAUGGAUGGCUAAAGUCUCUCUUGGGCAACAUCCAGCGAGUGAAGGUGAAUGGCCUCUACAGAGCUCUUGUAGAGCGUAGAUUGCAGCUGAUUGACGACUUGGUCGAGGUUUACAAGUUGAAGAUAUCUGUCGAGUGGGUGCCUUCACAGAAAAACCUGGCUGACCGUCUGACCCGUGUGCCGGCAUCCUGGCUCAAGAUGCCCGAGUCACCGGUGGUUGCGGCGGCGACCCAGAGCAGUGCGUGUGCAGGUGUCCACAGUUCUGCCCCACUUGCCUUCGACAUCAUCCGGGACCAGCAGGGAGCAGAUACUGCCAUCCAGCAGACGGUGGAGGAUGUCAACGGUAUGCAGACAGUUAGGGCGAAGCAGUUUCAGAAGGUGGCACCACAGCUGAGAGUGCGGGAUGGCGUGCUGUAUCGGUCAAUCAAGUUGCCGCCUGCCAAUGAAGCAUGCGAGGUGCCCGUGAUUCCGAGCUUGCUAGAGCAAGAUGCCCUCCGAAUCGCCCAUGAGAACACUGGCCACGGAUCAUGGGAGGUGGUCCAUGAGAUGAUGCGUCAGCAGUGCUACCUUCCUGGGAUGGCAAGGAAGUGCCAGGAGUUCGUCGGUCUUUGCGACAGUUGUGCCGCUGCAAACCCUGCUGCUGGUGGUCAUGCUUCGCCGACACGUCCCGAAGUGCCGGCGCGCCCAUGGCAAGUUGUGGCGAUUGAUACCUUGGAGCUAGGACCGAGCCGAGCUGGGUUCCAUUGCGUCUUGGUGUGUACGGAUAUGUUCACGCGCUAUGUGGAGGUGAUACCUUUGAAGCACCAUGACGCUAAGUCAGUUGCCGAGGCGUUUGUGUCUGUGUGCUGCCGAUGGGGUCCGCCGGAGGUGGUCAGAUCAGACAACGGAACAGAGUUCGUCAAUGCUGUCAUGGACGCCUUGUACUUGGCGUUUGGAGUGGAAGUCAAGCACGGUGCAGUGCGACACCCUCAGUCACAAGGAAGCGUGGAGAGAUUCAACCGGACCCUGUUGACUCUGAUUCGCAAAGUACACUCGCAGUCCAACGACUGGAAGACCGACCUGUCAAUGCUGCUGUACUUCUAUCGCGUCCGACCGCAUGGAGCAACGGGAGUUUCGCCUCAGCUAGCGAUGACUGGUUGGCAGCCCCGUGGUCUUGUUGUAGAGGCCCAACAGCCCCUGUACACCUUGCCAGCAUGGACGGCUGAGCUGCAGCGUCAAGCAGCUGCCAUUCGUGAUUUGAUCGAUGAAGAAAUGGCGUCAGCUGAUUCCCAAGAAGACGCCGACAAAGCAAGUUGCUGUUACGGGCCUGGUGACGUGGUGAUGAUGAAGAUGACCAGCCGCGCGCAGAAACGCCUCCCGAAGUUUCAGCUUGGCUGGAGAGUCAAGAAGGUGUUGUCGGAGUCGACUGUAGUCGUUCAGAAAGUGGAAGACCCCAGGGUGGAGAAGAUCGUCAACGUAGAGCUGCUGAAGCGUGCCGCAGCCAAUCCUACUGUAGACCUGCCUGAGCCGCCUCAGCCAGAUGAUGCGAGCGAGGAUGACGGUGGUUACCCGAUGCGGCUAGAGCCCGGUGAGCUAGUCGCAGGUGUGCCUAGAGCUGAAGAGCCAAGAUAUGUGCUCCGGAACAGAGCUGGUAUCAGGGCUCCAGUGAGAUACGACUGA